GGGGGUUGGGAGAUGGGCUAAUUUGAACGGCAAAUCCCGGCUCUGAAACCAUUCGAGCGUUUGGCUUAUUUUGAACUUGGGUUUGAGCACUGGCGAUAUGUCCAGCAGGGGCUGGGGAAGCGGCCAAACUAGAGGCGAGAAGAGGCGCAAACACUGGGCAGCGGGGCGGGGAUGUGCGAGAGGCGGCGGCUGGCUGUGGGGGCUUCCGGUGCUGGGAGAGUCCGAGGCUCGGCUUAAUGCGUCCUUUGGCAGUUCGAGCCCAGUCGGCUCCCUGUCUUCUGAGGAUCAUGACUUUGACCCUACUGCUGAAAUGUUGGUACAUGACUAUGAUGAUGAAAGAACUCUCGAAGAGGAAGAAAUGAAGGACGACGGCAAACAUUUCGCAUCUGAAAUUGAAGAUUUAGAAAAGGAAGGAAACAUGCCCUUGGAAGACUUGCUAGCGAUUUAUGUGUAUGAAGAUGCAGAUCCAGUAACUGUUUCAAGUGCAGGCAGCUCCCCGAGUGAACUUGCUGAUGAGCUUCCGGAUAUGACUCUGGAUAAAGAGGAAAUCGCAAAAGACCUUUUGUCGGGUGAUGAUGAAGAAACCCAGUCUUCUGCUGAUGACUUGACACCGUCUGUUACAUCACAUGAAGCAACAGACUUCUUUCCACGUCCUUUAAGAUCAAACACUACCUAUGAUGGGGAUAAAGAAUACGAGAGUGAGGAUUUGGAAACUGACUUUGGAAAUUCAUCAGAGGACCUCAGAAAGGAAAUCAUGCUUGGGCCACUUCAUCAAGCGGAAAUUCCACUGUUUCAGGGGAAAUGCUUGCCGGAUUGCAUUGAUUAUGAACACGAGGAUCAGCUGCUCUGGAGUCCAGAUGUUCUUCCAGAAAACAAAGUGAAGGAUUUUCUACGUGAAGUAUCAAGAGCUAUUAAUGAGAAAGAUGCUGGCGGGGUUCUGUUGAGAGACAAUGAACAGGCUUUGCAAGAACUCUUCAAGUGUCAGUACAACGUGACGUAUGCGUUGGAGCGAUACUGCAACAGCUGGAAGGCAUCACAAGAUGAGAUUAAACCUUGGACUGAAGAGGAAUGUAGUAAUUUUGAGCAUGGACUCAUGGUGCAUGGAAAGGACUUUCAUCUCAUACAAAAAAAUGAGGUUAAGUCUCGGACGGUUGCUGAAUGUGUGGCCUUUUAUUACAUGUGGAAAAAAUCAGAAAGAUAUGAAUAUUUUGCUCAGCGAACUAAAUUUGGCAAGAAAAGAUACAAUCAUCACCCUGGAGUAACUGAUUAUAUGGAUCGUUUGGUGGAUGAAGCAGAGGUUCUUGGAUCUGUAGGAAACUCGUCCGCCUUAACCUGCCAAAGUAGAACAGAUCCAAUACCUGAGUCGCAGCUUAAUAUACUGAACUCGAUUACUGCUAAUGACCUGACAGCACUGACCAAUAGCGUAGGCCCAGUAUGUAAUCCUGCAGAUGUCAACUGCUUGAACGAUGGCUUCCCUACUUUGGAUGCUUUACCCCGAGUCCCGGUCAAUCACGUGCCAGUUGGAACAGAAGACUUGCUCUCCUUGCCCAGCAACGGGGAAAGCGAUUGUUUUAAUAUAUUUGAGACUGGAUUUUAUCCCUCCGAGGUCGGCGCCUUGAGCUUAUGCAGCGAGGAACCCGAGAGGCCGGCAAAACGGAUAAAAAUGGGAAUCUCCGUUCCAGAAUCCUUUAUCAGUGAUGUUUCUGUAAAUAACCUCGGCGUGGACUUUGAGACCCACACGCACCACAUCACCAGUGCCAAAAUGGCCGUAUCCAUGGCAGACUUAAGCAGUUUAUCCACAAACGAGACCAGUAGUUUUAUAAACUCGCACACACUACACCACACGGCCCUUCAGUCGGAAUAAUUUCAGGAGUCUCAAAAAAAACAAAAAAAACUGACGAUGGAGUUGCAGUAAAUCUGAUCAAAACUUCGGGUUUGCCUAGUCUUUCACUGGAAGUUUGAACUUUAUUUUUUUUUCUUUUCCUAUGACAUCAGUGAUGUCUUUGUAUGUAAAGAACUAUAUCUUGAUUUGUCAAGAACUUUAUUUCGGUCCAUUUAUGUGGCAACAGACUAUGCUCCGCAGAUGCGGGAGUUUCGAGUACUAUCGAGGGGGAGGGGGGGUUGCAGCUUAAUGCUUCUAUUUUUGUUAAAUUCUGUAGAUAUUCCCCCAUCUGAAAACCAGCUCAGAGGUUCUGUAUCAAAUGUAUUGGCUGCUUCUUCUUUUUUUUCUUUUCUUUUUUUUUUUUUUUUUUUUUUACAGCAAUGGGUUCAGUGGAAAACAAAAAUGUUUACAGGUACCAAUUCCGAUCCCUGCUAAGUGUAGCUUAUUCUUUUAUUUUUGUUUUUACUUUUUAAUGCGGGGCUGGCAUAUUCCAAUAUGAACUGUGCAUUCAUCACUUUUUCCCCCCUUACUUUUAAUACAGGUCUGAACUAUCUUGUAAGUGGUACUUACCCAGAGCCAAUCAGGAAGCUCGUCCUAACCAAGUGGGCUUCAUAUAGAGAAAAGCCUGAGCUCGGGUUGCUUUGCAGUUUACAGGGCAGGGAUCUCGGAGUCCGACUUUCCUGUUGCAUUUGUCAUGUACUUCAGUAAAUCGGACAGUAUUUUUAAUUUUUUUUGUAAAAUUUGUGUUUUUGGUUGAGAUUUGGUAAAGCUGUCCUCUACUUUGACGAUUGUAAAAUAAAUUACACAUUGAUCUGUG